AUGUCACAAGCGAAGAAGUUGGACGAUCCGUCCAGUCUUCUUUCCAACAUUGAUGUCUUCAUCUUCGAUUGUGACGGAGUUAUUUGGCGUGGGGACACACUUAUCCCUGGAGUCCCAUCAGUUCUGGAUCAGCUGCGUCUCGCUGGAAAGAAGAUUUUCUUUGUAACCAAUAACUCGACAAAGAGUCGCGUGGGAUACAAGUCGAAGUUCACGUCUCUGGGCCUGGAUGUUCACCCGGAAGAAAUCUUCUCCUCGUCCUUCGCUGCUGCAGCCUAUUUGGAACAGACAAAUUUCAAGCAAACUGGCAAGAAGGUUUACAUCAUUGGAGAGAAGGGAAUCAGUGAAGAGUUGGAUGCUAUAGGCAUUUCCUGGCUCGGUGGAGAAGCGGACAAAGCAAAGCAGCCUGACAUGGGCCCUGGCGGCAGGGUGGAGGUAGACCACAACGUGGGUGCAGUGGUGGUUGGCUUUGACCGGCACAUCAACUACUACAAGCUGCAGUAUGCCCAAUUGUGCUUGAACGAGCUGCCAGGAUGCGAGUUCAUCGCCACGAAUUUGGACCGUGUGACCCACCUCACCGAUGCGCAGGAGUGGGCUGGAAAUGGAACCAUGGUCGGAGCUGUUUCCGGAUGCACUGGCCGGGAGCCUACAUUGGUGGGCAAGCCGGCCCCACUCAUGAUUGAUUACAUCUCCAAGAAGUACGGUAUCACGGACCGGUCUCGCAUCUGCAUGGUCGGCGACAGGUUGGACACGGACAUCGCUUUCGGCCGCAACAACGGACUGAAGACCUGUUUGACUCUUUCCGGCGUGACUUCUGAGGACGAGCUGAUGGACCGCGUGCCUCGCAAGAAGGGAACGGAAGGCAUUCAACCCGAGUUCUAUGUCGAGACAAUCAACGACUUCUACCCAGCACCAAGCGACAGUUAA